UAUUUUGGUGUUUUGCUAUACUUUGACACUGUGCUUCUUGCUUUUGGAAAUAUUUUGUUUCUGACCGGCCUAGCACUGAUUAUUGGUCUCAGACGGACAUUCAGUUUCUUCCUUCGGUGGCACAAACUGAAAGGCAGCUCCUUUUUUAUAGGGGGAGCUUUUCUGGUUCUCCUGCGAUGGCCAAUAAUUGGAAUACUUUGUGAGUUGUACGGCUUCAUUAAUCUAUUUAGGUAA